GGAGGCGGCGGCGGAAGGAGGAGGAGCUCCGGCUGCGCUCUCUCCCGGCAGUGGCUGCACGUCUCAGCGCUUGUCUGGUCCCCACCCCUUUUAAAUAAGCCGGUCUGGUCGCCGCCCUCAUAGACUAGUUGGCUCCGAGAAGGCGGCGGCAGGGGUGCGGCCGGGGCCGGAGCCCUGCCCGGGGCCCGGCGGCUGGGCGGACGGGCGAGCGGCGGGCGAGGUCGCGUCUGCAUGCGUGGCGCAGCCCCGGCAUAGCCCGGGGCUGCCAGUGCCCGCCGCGCCAUUGUUGGGGGAGGGGGCGGCUGCUGAGCGCGGCGGAGUCGGGGGGCGAGCGGAGGCGGCGGCGGCGAGGAGUGGAGGCGCCCCAUGGGGAACUCGCUGUGUUGUUGCGUGUCCCCCAAUGCCACCAGCCCCAAGUUGGGCCGGCGCACGGGGUCAGAGGAGCCGGACUACAAGUCUGAGGUCUACGAGGCGGCGGCCGGGGACGCGGUGGUAGUAGCUCCGCCGCCGGCUGCCGUGGAACCCGCCGAGUUGGAUUUCGGAGGCAGCGAAGGCCACCACCUGCAGCACAUCAGCGACCGGGAGAUGCCCGAAGACUUACCUUUGGAAUCAAACCCUUCUGACCACCCAAGGGCAAGCACAAUUUUCCUGAGCAAAUCUCAAACGGAUGUGCGAGAAAAGAGGAAGAGCAACCAUUUAAACCAUGUAUCUCCAGGGCAGCUUACUAAAAAGUAUAGCUCAUGCUCAACAAUAUUUCUAGAUGACAGCACAGUCAGCCAGCCUAAUCUUAGAACCACAAUAAAAUGUGUGACCUUAGCAAUAUAUUACCACAUAAAGAACAGAGAUGCAGAUAGAUCCUUGGAUAUUUUUGAUGAGAGGUCACAUCCACUCACACGAGAAAAGUUUCCAGAGGAAUACUUUAAGCAUGAUCCUGAACACAAAUUCAUUUACAAAUUUGUUCGUACACUUUUUAGUGCCGCACAACUAACUGCUGAAUGUGCAAUAGUAACUUUGGUGUACUUAGAAAGGCUUUUAACUUACGCUGAGAUCGACAUUUGCCCCACUAACUGGAAAAGAAUUGUUUUGGGAGCCAUUCUUCUUGCCUCCAAGGUUUGGGACGAUCAGGCUGUAUGGAAUGUGGACUACUGCCAGAUCCUCAAGGACAUCACAGUUGAGGACAUGAACGAGAUGGAGAGGCACUUCCUGGAGCUCCUUCAGUUUAACAUUAAUGUUCCCGCCAGCGUGUAUGCCAAAUACUACUUUGACCUUCGCUCCUUAGCAGAUGACAACAACCUGAAUUUUCUAUUCACUCCUCUUAGCAAAGAAAGAGCACAGAACUUAGAGGCCAUUUCCAGAUUGUGUGAAGACAAAUACAAAGACUUGUGUAGAGCUGCUAUGAGAAGGUCUUUCAGCGCUGAUAAUUUCAUUGGUAUUCAGCGCUCCAAUGCCAUCCUCUCUUAAGGGAGAAGUGAGGGGUUGUAACAUCAUAAACCCCUUGUAACAAGGACUGGAGAAAUAUCACCUCUCCUGCUCAGAAACCAGCAAAGUUAGUGUUUUCACCUUAAAGAAAGACAUUGAAUUCAAGAGACUCGUGGACAAGUGAAGAUUAUGCUCAUAGGAAAGAACGGGACCUCGUCAGUGUAACACACUCCUCUGUCCUUUUUAAUGUAAACAGAGUUACAAAAACCACUCCAAAGCGAAAAGCUCCCAAUCCACGCACAGGUAUCUGCUUACUGUGUAGGCUGAUAGCCGUGAACUAUGUGAGGUUUUUUAAUUAAUAAAUAGUUUAAAUUUUUAGACUUUAAA